AUGGCCCUCGAUUCCCCUUCUAUUUCCUCUUCUGCCACUGAGGGCAUAUUUGCUCAGGUAGGCCCGCCUCCGCAGCUGGACGUGCUUGGGGGUAUUUCCGCUGUGGAGGGGCGCCGCCGUAGCUCGCGAGAUGCGCCCGUGCCGCCGCCGGGAAGGAGCAGCGGCCCUUCGGGACGGCCUGCGGAGGGGCGGCGGCGGAGGGAGCAGCCGUCGUGGCUCGCGCGGGAGGCCUGGCGCGCGUGCAGGGGAAGGAGGCGGAGCUUCCUCAAGUACCUGCGCGGCGCCGUGGUCGCCGGCGCCCUGCGCGCGCCCGUGGCCGCCACGACCAUAGCCGCGUCGGCGUGCGAAGCCGGCGGCGGAGGAGGAGGUGGCGCUUGCGGCGCCGGGGACGUCGAGGACGACGCGUCCUUCUUCGACCUGGAGUUCACGGUGCUCGGCGACGAGAGCGCCGCGUCCGACGCGGAGGAGGAGCGGGUGGAGUUCAACUUCGCCGUGGCCGGCGAGGACGUCGCCGCGUCCGGCGGGGGUGAGGUGGUGGCCGUCGACGCGGUGGCCGCGUCGGCCGGCGCGGAUACGGGCGAGGCAAAGGACGGCGCGGAGGAGGCGGAGAGGGGCGAGGAGCAGCGGCCCUCCGGGACGGCCUGCGGAGGCGAGGUGGCCGUCGACGCGGUGGCCGCGCCGGCCGGCGCGGAGACGGGCGAGGCAAAGGAUGGCGCGGAGGAGGCGGAGACGGCCGAGGAGGCUGCUCCGGCCCAGCGGCAGCACAGCUGA